AUGCUCGGAUCCAAUUAUAAUCACCAUGAUCUUCUCAUAUUUGUAGUAGCUAUGAGCGAUAACCCGUUUGAAGAAUCUGGAAGUACGCCAAAGUCCUCUAAGAAAGGAAACAUCGUUUCGGAUCAGGUAAACUCAUUCAAGUCAAUGGAUGUGGAUCGCGCCCUUAAACAACUGCGUUUUAUAAAUAUGAUCCUGGGACUGGUUGUUAUUGUUGUGGAAAUCUUCGGAAUUUUCUCCACUAUCGCCUCUAUAUUUACCAAUCCAGGUGCCAUCAUCUUGAAUGGCUUCUGCGUUCUUUUCUGCUUUAUUCUUUGCUUGUACGAAGCACAGUUCAAAAAGUUGUCGAAGAAGCUGCGAAGAUUGUACGGAUUCCUUUACACCUACAUUGGACGCGCUUUGUACAUCUUCUUUAUUGGAACGGUCGUCAUUGCCACGUCCAACUCAGAUGGUUCGAUUUUCUUCUGGAUCAUUGGUGUGAUUAUGAUUAUCGACGCUCUCUACAACGUUCUCAUUAUCUUCUUGCAUCCUGCCUUCAAGAAUGGUAACCGCAAGAUUACUGACGAUCCCACAGUUUCUUACUCUGCUGGAGAAAGCGAACUCUCUAACGUUCUCAAGAAGAAUCCUGCUCUUGCCACAAAGAUGCUUAUGGGUGCCUCGAAAUUGGCUACAUAAGAGAAGCUUUGUUUUGUUAUAUUGGACUGUUGUUGUUAU